AAUCCGCUGAAGAGCUGUUUAAAACCAGCAGACGCGGACCUGGUCCGCUCGCCCUGACAGUCCAGCCGCGAGAGGAAUAUUCAUAUCUGGGUUUUCCUUUUUUUACAGGGUCUGUUUGUCGAAAACCGAUGGAUUAUGGCGCUUCUCCAUGAAGCGCGGACUGUAGAAGCUGGAGUUUGGGGGUUAACGUUAGGUUAGCUCUCAGGCUAACAACUAGCUAACUAGUGUUUACAGUAAAGCCGGAGUUUCUCUCCUCCAGUUUUAGAGAAACAUCAGAGAAAACCAUACAACUGUGACUAUUUUGGCACUGUAUAGGCAUUGCAGUCUAUAGGUAGCUAAUAUCAGCAGUUUGAAGAAGGUUAAUUGCUUUUGUUAACGUUUUGUAGCUAUAGUAGCAGCCAGGCUAAGCUAACCGACUCUAACUGUACAUUAGGUUUGAUAUUUUAGUUAACUAAGUUGUAUUAUCACUUACAUUCCUUCAUCUCUUAUACAAACAAUGCGGUUUUAUAGUUACAUGAAGUGUAAAAGUAGUUACUACGAAAAAGACUGAGAGCAGGUGUAACUUAGUCUGGUCUAGUGUCCUUUACUGUCUCUUACUGGCUCAGUUUCGGUUCCUGUGGUUGUAAUAUUGUAAUAUAAUGUAAAAUUCCUGCUUGUUGUCUGUAUUAGGAGUUUGGUUUGUGGUGUUGUGUUGGUUGAUAGCCCUACACUGGGGGGAAAAUGCAGUUUCUGACUACCAGGCCAGUGGACUGUGUGCUCUGGUGCAGAAAGUGCCUCAGCCAGUUUUAGUAGGUUGGCAGCUCGAGACUCUGUGUAGGGUUAAGUGGAUAAAACCCCUGAUCUUUCUCUGAAAUGGCGAGCGUGCUGGCAUCCAAAAUGGGCCUCAAUUCCUUGCGAAGAAGACAGGCCAAGACCUUCAACGUGAGAAUCGUCACGAUGGACGCUGACUUGGAGUUCAGCUGUGAGGUGAAAUGGAAAGGGAAGGACUUGUUUGAGCUGGUGUGCAGAACCCUGGGACUCCGAGAAACCUGGUUUUUCGGCCUUCAGUACAACGUCAAAGAUACUGUGGCAUGGCUCAAGAUGGACAAGAAGGUUUUGGACCAGGAUGUUCCUAAAGAGGAGCCCAUUGUGUUGAAUUUCCUGGCAAAGUUUUACCCUGAAAACGCAGAAGAGGAGCUGGUCCAGGACAUCACCCAGCAUCUGUUCUUCCUGCAGGUCAAGAAGAAGAUUUUGGAAGAGGAGGUCUACUGUCCUCCCGAGGCUUCGGUGCUGCUGGCUUCAUAUGCCGUCCAGGCAAAGUAUGGCGAUUAUGACCCAAGUGUCCACAAACCAGGCUUUCUGGCCCAGGAGGAGCUGUUACCAAAGAGGGUGAUUAAUCUCUAUCAGAUGACCGCUGAAAUGUGGGAGGAGAGAAUCACAGCCUGCUAUGCUGAGCACAGAGGCAGGACCAGGGAUGAGGCUGAGAUGGAGUAUUUAAAAAUAGCUCAGGAUCUGGAGAUGUAUGGGGUCAAUUACUUUUUCAUUAGGAAUAAAAAGGGAACAGAUUUGCUGCUGGGUGUUGAUGCGUUGGGCCUGCACAUUUAUGACCCAGAAAACAAACUAACACCCAAAAUCUCCUUCCCCUGGAACGAGAUCCGGAACAUCUCCUACAGCGACAAAGAGUUUGCUAUUAAGCCCUUGGAUAAGAAAGCAGAUGUCUUCAAAUUCAACUCCUCAAAACUGCGGGUUAAUAAGCUGAUUCUACAACUGUGCAUUGGAAACCAUGACCUGUUCAUGAGAAGACACAGAGUGGACUCUCUGGAGGUCCAGCAGAUGAAGGCACAGGCUAGAGAGGAAAAGGCCCGCAAGCAGAUGGAGAGGCAGAGGUUGGAGAGGGAGAAGCAUUUGCGGGAGGAGGCCGAGAGAGCGCGUGAUGAGUUGGAGCGAAGACUCAUUCAGUUGCAGGAUGAAGCUCAUAUGGCCAAUGAAGCACUGCUACGCUCUGAAGAGACAGCGGAUCUUUUAGCAGAGAAAGCACAGAUAGCUGAGGAGGAGGCCAAACUGCUGGCUCAGAAAGCAGCCGAGGCAGAGCAGGAGAUCCAGCGGAUCAAGGUGACUGCUAUCCGCAGUGAGGAGGAGAAGAGACUGAUCGAGCAGAAGAUGCUGGAGACUGAAAUGCUUGCACUCAAAAUGGCUGAAGAAUCAGAGAGGAGGGCUAAAGAAGCGGAUCAGCUGAAGCAGGACCUGCAGGAGGCCAGAGAAUCAGAGCGCAGAGCCAAAUACAAGCUGCUGGAGAUCACCAGCAAAUCACCCUAUUCGGCUGCUUCGCUCUCUCCCAGUGCUCUUCCUCCUGACCUCAGCUUCAGCACCGAGAACCUGAGCUUUGACUUCAAAGACACAGACAUGAAACGCCUGUCUAUGGAGAUUGAGAAGGAGAAGGUUGAAUACAUGGAGAAGAGCAAGCACCUGCAGGAACAGCUGAACGAGCUGAAGACGGAAAUUGAGUCUCUGAAGCUAAAGGAGCGGGAGACUCCCCUGGACAUCCUGCAUAACGAGAACACAGAGCGGGGCACCAGCAAGCAGAGCAACUUCAAAAAGCUGACGCUACAGAGCACCAAGUCAAGAGUGGCCUUCUUCGAGGAACUUUAAACGCCUAAAAGCUGUGCAUACAUGAGGACAUGACUGCAUUAACAUUCACCACAAAGUUUCAGACUGUGUAUGGAAAUGGUUCUGUGGCAAUAACCAUUCAAAGUACUAUAAAAGAGGUCUUCAGAUCCAGACUUUGAAUCCAGUUUCUGGAACUGGAUUUUAUCACUAGUAGAUGUGACAUUAGGUGGCCAAUCAGCAGCUCAGUUGACUACUAUUGAUUACAAAAUUGAGGAGCAGGAACUGGAUUGAAGGUCUGGUUUUGAAGACCUCUGCCAAAUAUGCAGAGGAAGGGCUACUCCAGGACCAGAGUCCAGGUCCACUGCUGUAUAAGUGUGGGAGGUGUGGGUGGGUGUGUGUUAGUGGCAAUGAAGUGAAUUUGUUCCCUUUUUUAAUCACAUUCCAUCGACCGCACUACUUGGCUUGAAAGUUUGUGUGGUUGAAAAUGUUCAAAAUUACUGCGUGAUUCAGUGGUUCCGACGUAAACAAGAUCAUUCCGAGUACUUUGAUGUGAAAUCGUAUUUUAGAGUUAAUUGUAGAGAAAGGCUACGUUUACAUACCAGGUUAAAAAAAAGAAGCCCAAAUCUGAUUUUCCCACCAAUUUUUUUUUUUUGGCUGUUCACAGUAUCUUUUAAAUCUGAUCUGCAUGCGACAUCAGUCUGAACAGAACAGCUCUUGAACUGACCUGCAUGCACUAAAGAACGAUGCUUCAUUUUGCUUCACGUGGCUCAUCCAGAGGUAAACAAAUCAUGACUGCCAGUGCCCACCCGUCACUCCCGGAGGGUUCAGCUUCAUCUUUGCCAGUGUCACAGGGGCGAUCAUAAAGCUUCAUGGACUGACGUGGGCUCAUCACCCAGAAUGUGUUUGAGCUCGCUGUAGAGUCACUUCUUCACUUAGUGUCCUCAGAUUCUUUAAACUUUAACUGUUCUCAUUCUCCUACAGCCACUUUUGGCCAUUUCUUUCUAAAUCUCUUCAAACAUGGAGGUGUUUUGGAUGAGUCUCUUAAUUUUUUGGUACAGAAACAUCACCCCAAAUGUUUGCGGUCUCAGCAAUGCAAUAUAAUGAUGAAUGUUGAGUAGGACUGAUGUAAGUUGCAUGAAUUACGAUCGGGCUAAUCAGACGGAGUCGCAUUGCAACAUAUCGGUUACAGAUUGGAUUUCAGUUCCACAUAUAAAAGCGUCUCAAAUCGGAAUUGCAAAUGUCAGAUAUGUGUUUUCACUGUCACAACACAUCUGUGUCACAUAAGGAGGAAAAUACUGGAUUUGGGCGAGUUUUACCUGCUGUGUGAACAAAGCCAAAGGUUUUUGGUGGGUUGCAAUAUGUACCACAUAAAUGUAGCCAUUUUAUUAACAAAAAAGGUUUUCAUAUGUAAUAUCGACGGUGAUAAUUAGUGGUAAUAGCUACUUGCUUUUGACGUACAGGGCCCUAAAUUGUCUGCCAACCCUGUUUAGUUCACCUACUUUUCCCCUACACUCUCACCAGUUUGCUGAAGUCUUGUAGCACUAGUUUCUUGGUGGUCUGUGUCUUUAAACCAUCCAGUUUUGGCGGCUGAUCUUUCAUUGUCAUGGCCUCUGUUAUGGAACAUUCUUCCUCUGUCUGUGUUUUAUUUUUUUUCACUUCAAAGUCCAGCUCAAAACUUUCCUCUUCUCCUAAUAUUUUCACUAGUUGUUCUUUUAAUGUUUCCCUUUAUCUCAAAACUACCAUUUCCUCUGUCUAAGAUUGUGCUUUUCUAUUCUUCUGUUAGUUGCCUCAAACUCUUGUCUGUGUUUCGGUCUUCUUUUCUUAUGUUAUGCUUUCUGUCUUGGUAUGUUUGUGCAAUUCUGUGUAUUUAUACUCUCACCUGAUUGGAAAGUGCUAUUUAAAUUUGGCUUAUUAUUACAUCAUUAUUGCUGUUUUGCCUUGCAACACCCUGCAACCUACCUACACCAUGAAUGCAUUUUAGGCCAAAACCUUCUCCAAACUUGUAAAACAGCAUCUCAGGCAUCCGGCACGUUAUACAUAACUAUUUUGUGUAACAGCUUUAUGUGAGGUAGCUUUUAGGAGCCGUAAACACUUCAGACAUCUGGUUCCUGUCACUACCACUGAGAUACUCCAUUGUGGAGAAUCAGAUUUGUUUACAAUCGUGGCGAUAGGAGCCAGACAGUCUGAGAAGUCGAAUGCAUCUAAAAAGGUUGUUGCAUGAAAUGGCUAUAAAUACGCUGCCUGAUGCCUGAGACAUUGUUUUCCGAUAGUUUUGAGAGAAGAUAUAAUAAAACCUAUUUUUAAUGGAUUUUGUGGCUCAGAGAUACAUGCCUGGCAUGGAUGGGGCAAAACAGACCCCAAGGAACACUUACUUUAACACUUCUACUAUCGACAUCAUCAGUCAUCACAUAUAAAAGACACGUGUAGGUUUACUGGUCAUUUUGGAUAGUAAACAUAAUUGCUUGCUUUCCACUAAUGCAAGUUUCUCUACAAUGCACCAUUUCACAUCAAACCACUCUGAAUGACGUCUCUACCACUAGGAUUUGCAGACCUUUUGAAUUCCCAAUUAAGUAAACACUGCUGGACACAAUUGUCCGCAUGGUCUUGCACUCUACAAACGGACCGUUAAGCUCCAUGCUUCUUGGAACUGUAACCUUUUAUGAAGGAUAAAUGCUGCUUUACACUUUAAUCAACGUCCAGUAGCUUCUUGGGAAAAGUCCUAUUUUCUACUAAAGAUUAUUUUCCUGGAUGAAACAUGCUGUGUUUUAUCUACAUUUGCUCUUUGGGAUUUUAUCAAGUCUGUAUUAAAUCUUUCGGUUUCCAUUACUGGUGAAAUAAUGCUGUAGCCAUUGUUUAAACGAGGGGAUUUCUUACAUGUUGGGAGAGAAAUGUGUUUUAUAACACUACAUGAGCCUCAAUCAGGAUGUUUCUCAAAAUGAUCCCAUUGUCUUUUGGCAUCUUAAGAUCCAAAAAUGUUAUUCAUAACUUGUAUGUAAUCCAUAGGCAUCUCAAACCUGGCCCGAAACUUGAUAUACAGUCCCUGUCGGGCUUGGGUCAGGUAGCAGGCCUCUAAUCUCAAGCUUGUCUUGUUUUGGAACAGAUUCAAACUCAUUUUGUCAUUAUUUAGACAAAAGUUCAACACUGUCUUUAUUUCUUCAUGACAGGAUUUUUUUAUUUAAGAUUGGUGCAUAUGUGCAUACAGUAGGUCAAGUAGGAUUAGUGAUCAGUAUUUGUGCCUUUAGAAAGAAGACGGCCUGAUUGGGGCUUUCCAACUUUGGGAUUAUGAAGUUCUUUUGCCUUUUUUUUGGUUUGUUUUUUUUAAGAAGUUUCCUUUUUUAAAUGAUGAUACUUUGAAGAGUUUGUAUAUAUUUUUUGAGAAUAAUCUUUUUUGUGCUGAGGAAUAAAUGAAUUUAAAGUCUGGUAAA